AUGGCUUCUCUAUCUUCUUCUCAUCAGUUCUUCAAUAAUCUUGUUCCUUCUAUUCUCCAUCUACUUCUUCUAAUCACCCUCUCUUCCCUUCCAAUUUUGGUUCAUCCAUUAUCCUUCAACAUAACCAACUUCGAUGACCCUGCUAGUGCAAGCCAAAUGGCAUACGAAGGUGAUGCAAGAUCCAGCAAUGGAUCCAUCGACCUCAACAAAGUCAUCUAUGACUUCAGGGUUGGCCGUGCCAUUUACGGCCAACCCCUUCACCUUUGGGAUUCAGCCACCAAAGCUCUCACAAGUUUCUCCACAAGCUUCACAUUCACCAUUGAUGCAGUGAAUGACACAAAGAUCGGUGACGGUUUUGUGUUCUAUUUGGCACCUCUUGGCUACCAAAUCCCACCAAAUUCAGCUGGUGGAACUUUUGCUCUCUUCAAUCAAACAACCAAUCUCGUCAACCAACCACAAAACCAUGUUGUGGCGGUUGAGUUUGACACAUUUAUUGGCUCCAUUGACCCACCAUUUCAGCAUGUGGGGAUUGAUGAUAACUCUCUUACUUCACUUGCUACUGCCAAGUUUGAUGUUGACAAGAACCUUGGUGUCAAGUGUUUCGCUUUGAUUUCUUACGAAGCUUCGACCAAGACACUCACAGUGUCCUGGUCGUUCAGUGGAAGCAGUGGCAAUAAAACUAUUGCGACUGCUUCCACUUCGAAUUCUUUGUCUUACAACAUUGACCUCAUGCAAGCUCUUCCAGAGUGGGUGAAUAUCGGGUUUUCGUCCUCGACCGGGUUAUCCACCGAGCGAAACGUUAUCUAUUCAUGGCAGUUUCAUUCAACUUUGGGUGGAGAAAUGGGGAAGGUUCAAAACAAGAAGCUGAACAUUGUUGUGGUGGUUGUCCCGGUGGUUGUCACGGUUGUUUUAUUGACUGUGGUGGUGGUUGUUGGUCUCUUGAUCAUCAAGAAAAGGAGGAGGACUAAUGAGGAAGGUGGUGGCGAAUACCCUGGACAGUUCCCUAUCGAGUUUGACCUCGACAGAGCAACUAUCCCAAGGAGAUUCGACUACAAAGAAUUGGUUGCGGCCACCAACGGUUUCGCCGAAGACAAGAGGCUCGGACAAGGAGGGUCAGGAGAAGUCUACAAAGGCGUUCUGAGCUAUCUUGGAAGAGUUGUUGCCGUGAAGAGGAUCUUCGCCGACUUCGAAAACUCGGAGAGAGUUUUCCACAACGAAGUAAGGAUCAUAAGCCGUUUGAUCCACAAAAACUUGGUGCAAUUCAUAGGUUGGUGCCACGAGGAAGGUGAAUUGCUUCUUGUUUUCGAGUUCAUGCCGAACGGAAGCCUCGACACACACCUUUUCGGAAACAAGAAGACUCUGGCAUGGAAUCUGAGGUACAAGGCCGCGAUUGGCGUCGCGACCGCGCUUCAUUAUCUCCAUGAAGACGCAGAGCAAUGCGUUCUUCACAGAGAUAUUAAGUCAGCGAAUGUGUUGUUAGACAACGAUUUUAACACGAAGCUGGGCGACUUCGGCAUGGCGAAAUUGGUAGAUCCAAGAUUGAGGACUCAGAGAACAGGGGUUGUGGGAACCUAUGGAUACCUGGCUCCGGAAUACAUCAAUGGAGGGAGGGCGAGUAAGGAGUCAGAUAUGUAUAGCUUUGGAGUUGUGGCAUUGGAGAUUGCAAGUGGGAGAAGGACUUUUAGGGAUGGAGAGUUUCAUGUGCCAAUAACAAAUUGGAUAUGGCAACUUUAUGUUGAUGGGAACCUUAUGAGUGGUGCUGAUGAGAGGUUGUGUAAGGAUUUUAAUGUGAAUGAAAUGAUGAGUUUGCUUACUGUGGGGUUAUGGUGCACACACCCUGAUGUUAAACAGAGGCCAAAGGCAGCACAAGUUAUUAAGGUUCUUCAGCUUGAAGCUCCAUUACCAGAGAUUCCUAAAGAUAUUCGUUAUAAUAAUGUUGUUCUUCCACAACAUUCAAACAUUGUGCAACAACCACCACAUCACUCCCUUGAAUCGCCGCCUGACAUUACUACUAGUCUUGUUUACGGUGGACGGUAACCAUCACUACAUAGUUGGUUAGAAAUCAUUUUUGUUAUGAAAUCUCAGUUGUUUCAAGUCUUAGAAUAAACUGUUUAUAAGGUUUUGUACAAGGUAGCUAUUUCUUUAAUUUUUUGUUUUUAUGAUGUAAGUAAUUGAGUUCAA